AUGUGCCCAUAUAUCCUUGUACAUUGGGAUUACGAAUGCAACUGUAAUGGCCACGCACGUCGGUGCCGCUUUAAUAUGGAGUUGUACAAGCUGUCCGGUCGUGCGAGUGGCGGAGUCUGCCUCAAAUGCCGUCAUUACACCGCAGGAAGACACUGCCAUUACUGCCGGGAGGGGUAUUACAGGGACCCCACGAAACCUAUCACACAUAAAAAGGCCUGCAAACCAUGCGACUGCCAUCCAGUAGGCGCGAGUGGUAAGACCUGCAACCAGACGAGUGGGCAGUGUCCCUGCAAGGAUGGAGUCACAGGGACCACUUGCAAUCGAUGCGCCAAAGGAUAUCAGCAGUCUAGGAGUCACAUCGCACCUUGUAUACGUAUACCUCGCGUCGUGACAGCAGUCCAAGCGAUGGAGGCGGUGGACGCGGAGCCGGGACGCGCGGAGCAGUGCGGCCGGUGCCGCGCAGGCGCGAGAACUCUAAACCUCAACAAGUUCUGCAGCCGAGACUACGUCAUAAUGGGUCGGGUGGUCGGUCGCGAGGCGGCGGGCGGCGAGGGAUGGGCGCGGCUGGCGCUGAGCGUGCAGGCCGUGUACAAGCGCGCGCCGCGCAGUCGCCUGCGCAGAGGGAACGUCGCCCUCUACGUCCGCAACGUAGACAUCGCCUGCAAGUGCCCCAAGAUCAAGAUUAACAAGUCCUACCUAAUCCUAGGAGUGGAAAAAGAGGGUUCGUCUUCUGGCUUCCCGGGCUUAACGGUCGGAGACAGGACACUGCUGCUGGAAUGGCGAGACGACUGGCACAGACGCAUCCGGCGCCUGCAACGACGCGCGAUUAAUUGUCAUUAG